AGUUCCUGACUAUGUCGAUGACCUCUGUUCUUGCACACUCUUUGUCUGUAUUUGCGGCUGUCAGUCCAUCUGCCUGUCAGUAUGCUCUAUAGCAGUUCAGCACCAUGGCUCUGAAUAUCCCUGGUGUGGUUGCAGUAGUGCUGUUCUACAUCCUGAUUCUGGGGACUGGAAUUUGGGCCGCCCGAAAGUCCAGGAGGGCCGAGAGGAAAAGCCAUGGUGACAGGACUGAAGUGGUGCUUCUUGGAGACAGAAAUAUCAACUUGGUGGUUGGAGUUUUCACCAUGACUGCUACGUGGGUCGGAGGAGGUUUUAUUCUAGGUGUGGCUGAGGCGGUGUACACUCCCAAAAUGGGCUUAGUAUGGGCUCUAAUGCCUGUACAAUACUCAAUGUCCUUCAUAAUAGGUGGUCUUUUCUUUGCCAAGCCAAUGAGGGACAAAAGAUAUGUGACCAUGAUGGACCCAUUCCAGAUAAAGUAUGGAAAAUUACUGAGUGGAGUCCUUGUGCUGCCAUGUCUGCUGUCAGAUGUACUGUGGGUGUCCUGCACCCUGCUUGGAUUAGGAGCGACUAUGACUGUGAUUCUGGACCUGCCUUAUGGAUAUUCUGUGUGGAUCUCAUCAGCUGUGGCCAUCGUCUACACUUUGUUAGGAGGCCUUUACUCAGUGGCCUACACUGACGUCAUCCAGCUCUCUCUGGCAUUUCUCAGUUUGUGGUUGUGUAUCCCCUUCCUUAUGAUUAACAACACAUCUGUAAGCAUCACUGAGACUGCUUUCAACUACACGUUCCAAGAGCCUUGGGUCGGUUCUCUGGAGAUGGACAGCGUCUGGAGGUGGAUUGAUGACUUCUUAAUGCUGGGUCUUGGCAGUGUUGCAUUUCAGACUUUCCACCAGAGGACGCUGUCUGCCUCCUCAUCACUAACAGCCCAGUGGACCUGCUAUGCUGCUGCUGUCAUCAUUGCCAUACUGGGGAUCCCUCCUGUCCUGGUCGGGGCAGUCGCCGCCUCCACAGACUGGAACUUGACACAGUAUGGUUUACCACCUCCAUAUGUACGUGGUGAACAUACUUUGGUUCUGCCUCUGACCCUGCAGUACCUCACUCCCUCGUACAUCUCCAUUAUUGGAAUUGGAGCUGUGGCUGCUGCUGUCAUGUCGUCUACAGACUCUGCACUGUUGUCUGCAACCUCUAUUUUCUCUUCAAACAUCUACAAGAACAUCCUGCGCCAAAAGGCUUCAGACUAUGAGAUGCAGUGGGUGAUUCGGGUCGCAGUGGUGGUGGUGGGUCUGGUUGGGACUUCCAUAACAUUCUACACCAACAGCACUCUGGUCCUCUGGAUUCUCGGAGCAGACAUUUCCUACACUCUCAUAUUCCCACAUCUGGUUUCCGUGCUCUUCUUUAAAGUUACAAACAGUUAUGGCGCCUCAGUGGGUUACAUCGUGGGGCUGACUGUGAGGGUUUUGGUGGGAGAAAGGGCCAUAGGGCUUCCUGUUUUUCUUCAGCUUCCUGGUUGUACGUUGGAAGAUGGUGUCUAUGUCCAAAAGUCUCCUGUCAGGACGGCGUGCAUGCUCUGCACCUUGGCAACCGUGUUAGUUUUUUCCUGGCUGGCUGAUUUAAUGUUCAAUCACGGCCUGCUGCCUGAGAAGUGGGAUGUUUUUAAAGUCAAACGUGGUGUUACUGGUGCUGUAACAUCAGCAGAUGGCGUUGCACUGAAUCACAAAGACGAAGCUGGAAGUGACGGGGAUUGUGGCGAGAACGAAAAUGGAGUUCCCUUACAGCCAAUUUUGCAAACUGAAAAUUAGCUGCUGUAUUUAACUAUUGUAUCAUUGCUGCCCUCAUUAAUUAAUUUAAAUUGCUAACUAAAGUUGUCUUUAACUGAGCCUGCUAACUGCAAAAAACAAAACAAAAAAAAACAUAU